AUGGAGAUCAUCAUAGAUUUUAGAAAGAGCCGGCAUGAUCAUACUCCACUCAAUAGCAAGGAUGUAGCGAUCUCGUCCGCUGCUGGCAGGAUCACCGUGCCCCGGUUGAGCGUUGGCGCCGUCACCAGCAGGCCUAGCACACCAACCCUAGGGCCUCCUUCGGCCCAAGCGGUGUCCGUUUCUACGAAAGUCGGGACCCCCGUCUCGCUGACCGGACAGAGGUUCACCGUCCAGAUCCCCACCUCUCAAACAUCUGUAAAAUCAGCCACGCCGACCACUCCCACCGUCCAGAACGUCCUGAUCAACCCCUCCCUGAUCGGCUCCAAGAACAUCCUUAUCGCCACCAACAUGGUCUCCUCACAGAGCGUCGCCGGCGAGCCCAACGUCUUAAAGCGGAAACACGAGGAAGAGGAGGACUACGACACCUUAUGAGUUCCAGGGAGCCCAGCCCCCCUCCCCCCCAUUGCUCUCCUUCCAUCUAGUGCCUGAUCUGGCACACCAGAUCAGCCGGGAUACCCUCAACUUAAAAAAAAACCCCACUUUGAUGUGGGUUGGCUCCUUUCCCCGCGCCCCCCCUCUUUCGUUUCCUCCCUCCCGCCUCCAAUUAACUUAUUCUCCGGGUUCCCUGAACUGUUUGCAGACUGCAGAGCUGCGGUGUGGGGUGGUGAGUUUUGGGGUGCUCUCAAAGCAGGAACUCAAGCCAUCCAGCACCCCCUUCCCAUGGGUGGAAUUCAAAAAAUUUAGCAACCAGUUCUCUCCCCUGUUGCUGGGUGGGCGUGGCCAGCUUGGCCUCCUACAUCACGGUUGGGGAGGCAUUUUCGCUCUCCCCCAGGCUCCGGAGGCGUUCCUCGAUCCUCUGGGACGGUGAAAACGGAGUUCCUCCGGAGGCUGGGAAUGAGCUUGUUUCCGCGAGGCCUGCUUUUCGCCCUCCGUGCUGGCUCUGCACUUACCUCCAAAAUGGGUUGCAUGGAGACUCCUGGGAGGGGCGAGGCCAGCCAAUCUUUGCAAGUACCGGUUCGGUGAACCAGAUGUAAAAUUCGCAACCGGUAACAAACCGGCUGAAUCCUCUUGUAAAAAGACACCGAUUGCAGCUAGGCAGAUCGAACUGCAUUCUUCUGUCUCCUAGAGCGUGGAAGGGAAGGAAAUUGGAGCGUGGGGGGCUGUUGUUGAGGUUCACACAAUUGCGUUUGUGUUUUGAGGUCCAUCCUCCCCCAUCCCCCAGGUUGUGUAAAACGGACUCCAGUGUUUGUUGAAGUCAUCCAUUGUCCCUGGCUGAGAUUGGGAUGGAAAAGGAAAGGAAAAAUGACAUCCUGGCACGACACAAUUUGCAAAGUUUUGUUCUGUUUGCACGGGGCGAGGUGGGGACGGGAUUGUGUUGUGUUGUGUUGUGUUGGUGCAGGAUUGUCAACUCGCAUCGCCCUGCUUUCUGGUUUUAAGAGUCUGGCUGCACAAUGCAGCCCCCUCCUCCCCAUUAUUUUGUAGGCCACUGCCACGAACAUUACAAUUUCUAUUUCUUUUGAGAGCUGUAUUUAUAAAUUAAACUUUUUUUUUCCCCCACGAGGAGUAA